AUUUGUCUAGAAAGGCACUUCGGCGUGAAGCAGUCGGUCCAUUUCUCCCGCUUUUUAGAGUUCCUUCACUACACUAAGCGCUGUAAUCUCUCCAGAUCUCUCUCUCUCUCUCUCUCUCUGUAACUCGGCGAGGACAUCUACAUCGAAAUGGCAGAUGAUAACGAAGCAAUACCUGAGUCUUGUACGGAAUCUCCGACCUCCGUACUCGAGGAAGAGGAGGUGGUAGGAGUAAAGCUGGAGGAAGAGAUUGUUCUUGAUUCAAAAAAUGGAGAUUCUUCUCUCAUUUCUACUUCCAUGAUCAAAGAAGAAGAAAAGCUAAUGGAGAUCCGUAUGAAGGUAGAGGAGGAAAAAGCAAAAGAGCUUGAGGCACCAACACUAAAUGAUUCACAGUUCUCAAAAUUAGACGAACUUUUAAAUCAAACCCAACUUUUUUCAGAGUUUCUAUUGGAAAAGAUGGAUCAAAUAACAACAGAUUAUGCUCAUGAAGCUGAUGGAAACGUUAAAGAGAAAACUAAAGGCCGAGGACGUAAAAGAAAAGCCACUACUGUUAUCAACAAUAAGAAGGCCAAACGUGCUGUUGAAGCAAUGCUUACGAGAUCCAAGGAAGGUGAUUCUGUUGAAGAUACGAAUCUAACUGAAGAGGAGAGACUUGAAAAAGAACAAGCUGAACUUGUGCCUUUGUUGACUGGUGGAAAACUGAAGCCUUAUCAGAUUAAAGGCGUGAAAUGGUUGAUUGCCCUAUGGCAAAAUGGAUUGAAUGGAAUCCUUGCAGAUCAAAUGGGAUUGGGAAAAACAAUUCAAACUAUAGGAUUCCUUGCCCACCUGAAAGGGAAUGGAUUGGAUGGCCCUUAUUUGGUUAUUGCUCCUCUUUCAACACUUUCAAAUUGGGUAAAUGAGAUAGAAAGGUUUGUGCCCUCCAUAAAAGUAAUUAUUUAUCAUGGAAAUAAGAAGGAAAGGAAUGAGAUAAGGAGGAAACACAUGCCGAAGGAAGUUGGCCCCAAUUUUCCUAUUGUUAUUACAUCAUAUGAAAUGGCAUCUCUUGAUGCAAAGAAGGUUUUGAAGCACUACAAAUGGAAAUAUCUCGUGGUUGAUGAGGGUCACAGGCUAAAAAAUUCGAAGUGCUUGCUAGUGAAGCAAUUGAAAGUUUUGCAAGUUGAAAACAAGCUUCUACUAACUGGGACACCACUGCAGAACAACUUAGCAGAGCUUUGGUCCUUGCUGAAUUUUAUCUUACCUGAAGUAUUUGAAUCUCAUGAAGAAUUUGAGUCAUGGUUUGAUCUGUCUGGUAAAUACAACAAUGAAGAAGGAAGCGAAGACAUUGAAGAGAAGAGGAAGGCUCAAGUAGUGGCAAAACUUCAUGCAAUUCUACGUCCUUUUCUUCUUCGUAGGAUGAAAUCAGAAGUUGAAAAGAUGCUUCCUAGGAAAAAGGAGAUAAUUAUUUAUGCUAACAUGACUGAGCAUCAAAAGAACUUUCAAGAUCAUCUAGUUAAUAAGACAUUAGAGAACUAUUUGAGCGAUAAGGUGGAAAUAGGGUGUGGAAUGAAGGGAAGGCUUAACAAUUUGAUGAUUCAACUUCGGAAAAACUGCAAUCAUCCUGAUCUUUUAGAGUCUGCUUUUAAUGGCUCCUUUGAUUAUCCUCCUGUAGAGCAGAUAGUUGAACAAUGUGGAAAGUUUCAGUUGUUAGAGAGAUUGCUGGAAAAGCUAUUUGCACACAACCACAAAGUUUUGAUAUUUUCCCAGUGGACUAAGAUUCUGGAUAUAAUAGAUUACUAUUUCAGUGAAAAGGGAUUUGAAAUCUGUAGAAUUGAUGGAUCUGUUAAAUUGGAUGAGAGAAGAAGACAGAUCAAGGAGUUCAAUGAUGAGAACAGUACUUUAAGGGUAUUUCUUCUUAGCACUAGAGCUGGAGGGUUGGGUAUCAAUCUCACUUCAGCUGAUACCUGUAUCUUGUAUGACAGCGAUUGGAAUCCCCAAAUGGAUUUACAGGCAAUGGAUCGCUGCCACAGAAUUGGUCAGACGAAACCAGUUCAUGUUUACAGGCUAGCAACCGCCCAAUCUGUAGAGACUCGAAUCCUGAAAAGGGCUUUCAGUAAAUUAAAGCUUGAACGUGUGGUUAUCGGGAAAGGACAAUUUCAUGAGGUUAACCAUAAGAGUACAAAUGAUGUGAUGGAGGAACAAGAAUUGCUGGCUUUACUAAAGGAUGAAGAAGAUAUAGAGGACAAGUGGGUUCAGACAUCUAUAAGUGAUGAAGAUUUGGAAAAGGUGAUGGACCGGAGUGAUCUCGUGGUUUGUCCUGCUCCUCCUCCUACGGAUCUGUCCAGUGAAGAACAGACCGCGGGUGGCGUUUCUGUGCUUCCAAUCAAAGGACCAGGAUGGGAGGUGGUUGUGCCAAUUUCUGGCAGUGGAAUGCUCUCUGCAAUUAACAACUAAGUUUCUACUUAUUACCAAGGCAUUUCAAUGUCUUUGCUGCAUAAUUAGACCUAUUAUGCCUUUUUGGUUUCUUUUCUGUUUGCUAGAAAAAUUCCUUUUUCUAUUCCUAUUUUUUUGACAUGCUUGAAAUAGGAAACAAUGUUUGUAUGCUUAUUAAUUGAAAACUAAGCUCUUGGCUCCA